CUUGUUAUUGGAAUUUUGCGCUGUCAAGAGGACUGAUGUGAUAAACUUGUUUGUUUUCUGCACUACUUCUAAUGAUAGGAAUAAGUAAAUAAAUUACAGGCGCUUUCAACAUACGUCUCUGAAAUGAAAAAAGAAUUCGUGUCCCGAGUAGGACUCGAAUCCGCGUCUCCCUGCAUACUAGUCGGGAGUGAUAUCCACUACACCAUCGGGGCAACCAGCCUGAAUGCGUGGCAACUUUUUGAUGUGAGUUGAUAGAACGCGGUUAAUCCAAGGGACAUUUUUCCUUCAAGACAUUUGUGUGUUUCAUGGCUUCUCCCCGACAGUCGGGGUUACUAGUACUUACGUCAUUUAUCUCAUAAAUCGCUUAACCUACGUUAUAUUUGUUUCCAUUACUUUUUUGUCACUAAUAUAACUUACAUGUGAUCUUAACUGGUUAUUUUACAUCGCAGUACCUAACGUACUGUUUACUGAAAUCACCAGAUUCAUGAAAGAAUUGAAUGUCAGCGUUUUCCUUUCCCUUGCCCUCAAGAAUGUGGAAUGCAGGCCGUUCCUCGAGAGGAGGUGGAGUCCCAUGUGAGGGACGAUUGUGCGAUGACCAUGGUGCUGUGUCCUUAUGAGGAAGCUGGAUGCACGUUCCAUGACAAGAGGAGUAGUUUAAAAGCACAUCUUGGAGCCUCGGGAGAGGAACAUCUGAGAAAAGUAUGGUCCAAGUACUUAAAGACAACAGAGCGAUUAAGUCAGUAUGAAAAGGAGAUGGAAUCCAUGAAAGAGAGGUUUGAUGGGAACGAAGAAGAAAUUAAUGAAUUGCUUAUUGAGAAGGUGUCCACGAAAGAGAGGUUAUCACAUUUAGAGGGAGAAAAUUGCGGUCAAAGAAAAGAAAUGCAAACCAACACAGAGUCUAUGACAAAGCGAUUAAACGAGCUGGAGGAAGACAGCAAAAGUUAUAAAGAAUGGCAAAAUGAGACGAGAGCCAUGGUAGAGCGACUAAAUGAGGAGUUGGAAAUAGCAAAAGCCCAACUAGUAAAAUUGGAAACCGAGAAAGAACCAAUGAAAACGUUUCAGGAUCAGAAAGUCGAAGAAGUUAUUAGCGAAUGUAGAUCGUCGCAGAAAAAGUUUGAAGAGCAAAAUAUUGCACUGAAGGAAGACGUCGCAAAACUGCAAAGGCAGCUUGAAGACGCAAAAAGUACCGCUACUAAUGACGCACAGAAACUGAAACGAGACAUACAAGCAGUAUAUUCAGAGGUUCAAGCUACGAGAGGGAAACAACCGCGGAAUCUAGCUAGCUCGUUUCCUUUUACGCCUCCUGUGCCUUUAUUUUCGCCUUACCCACUGAGAGCUCCGCUGACAGAAUCACUGACUGAUCCAAGGCCCUUCACGAUGUCCGCGACAAGAAAGCCCGAGACUGCUUCGAAAGAGGACAAAACACGCAAUUCUGCAGAACUCGAACUUGUACCUAUAGGCUAUAAUAAAAUUGUACAUCCAGCGGUGAAGAGACCAAAGAUCGAGGAAGCGACUAAAUGCAAGACAUACAACACCCGACAGCAGCAAAAGAUCAUUUCUAAACAAAGAGGUCUACCAACAGAGGAGAUCGUGACAGUUGAAAGAGGCCGUGGAGACGAUUCUGGGGAAGAUUCGGAGGAGGAUGAGUACCAAGCAGACUUCAACAAUAGCACUGUUGCAAGAUCACAAACCUUUCGAUUUCGUCAUUUUUUUCCCUGAGAUGGUCACAGAAAACAUUUUAAAACACAAAUUGUAGCCUAGUUCUAUAUAUGUAACUUCAUUUUGUCAAGUUGUAUGGCCUAGCUACCUUGAGACCACAGAGGAAAGAAAAGGGCAAUCCUCCGUAGUAAAAAAGAUGGCGGCUGUACACUUUACCACAAUACCAUGCGAGCCUAAUACA